UCAUGUUCUCGUUCAUGUUCUUCUUCAUGUUCUCCUUCAUGGUCUCGUUCAUGUUCUCCUUCGUGUUCUCCUUCAUGUUCUCCUUCAUCUUGUCCCUCAUGUUCUCCUUCAUGUUCUCUUCAUGUUCUCCUUCAUGUUCUCGUUCAUGUUCUCCUUCAUGUCUCUUCUGUCAACACGUCUGAACCCUGAAACACGUUUCCUGAUGUGAUCGAACUCAUUGAUGACGAAACAUACGUCUUGAUGUGUCUCUGACUUCUGUAUUUCACUGUGAAACAAAUCUAAAGUCACGCUCUUCCUCCUCCUCCUCAUUCUGUGUGUGUGAGUGUGUGUGUGUGUGUGUGUGUGUGUGUGUGUGUGUGUGUGUGUAGAAAAUGGAGGCAGCGUAUUACGACAACAUCAUGGAGCAGCAGCGUCUGGAGCCGGAGUUCUUCAGAGUCGGAUUCUACGGCAGGAAGUUCCCGUUCUUCCUCAGAAACAAAGAGUUUGUCUGUCGCGGCCACGACUACGAAAGGCUGGAGGCCUUCCAGCAAAGGAUGCUGGGAGAAUUCCCACAAGCCAUUGCGAUGCAGCACCCCAAUCAGCCCGACGAGGCCAUCCUGCAGUGUGACGCUCAGUACCUCCAGAUCUACGCGGUGACUCCGGUGCCCGACAGCGUCGGCGUCCUCCAGAUGGACCGAGUCCCCGAUCGCAUCAAGAGCUUCUACCGGGUCAACAACGUCCGGCGCUUCAGAUACGACCGGCCGUUCCACAAAGGACCCAAAGACAGAGACAACGAGUUCAAGGUGAGCUAAAGAC